AUGUCAGAAUCAGAGGAAGAGAAUGAGGAAAAUAGUGAGGAUGAAAAGCAAGCUAAAAUUAAGCAAUAAAGCAAUAAAGAAAGUGUAGAUGAUAGUCAAGCUAAAAAAAAGAAGAAAAAGAGAAACAAGAAAAAGAAGAAGGUUCAAGAAGAUCAGUAAAAUCAGGAUAAUGCAAAUUAAAAGCCAUAAUAAGUUCAAUCUAAGCAGAGUUCUACUUAAGAUGGUAAAAAGUAAUCACAAUAGAAGAAUAAAGAAGGAAAAAAGGAGGAUGAUCUUGAUUUCUUAGAUUCUAUUAUUUCAAAGUAAUAAGAGGAGAUUAAGUAAUAAUAUGGCUCAGCUGCCCUCUAUGGUCAAGAUUCAGUUCUAAAGAUGGAGAGGAAAAACUUUAAUUUCAAGAAGGAGUUAAAGUAGCUUUUUGCCAAAUCUGCACAGGCAUAUGGGGCUCUAGGACUUGAUGAAGAGGAAAAAGAGGAGCGAAAAAAUAGAGGCAAUAACUAAGAUGAUUAUGAGGGAGCAAGCAAGAAAAUGAGAAGAAGGCUAAGAAUGGUAGAGAAGAUUUAAGAAAAAAAUAGAGUGUUAACAUCUAAGAAAUAUCUAAUGGUCCAGCCAGACCCUCGCUGGCCAAGAGUCGACAGAAUGGUAACUAUGGAGCACGUCAAAACAGACAAGAAGACUGGUCAAAAGAUUUUCAGUUUUGUGAAGCUACCAGACUAUAAUGUCAUCGAAAAAGAAUUCAAGCAGGUGUAAGCAACUAAUGAUAUUCAAAAUCUGAUGCAUUUCCUUCAGAGAAAUUUCUAUCAUCAUGAAAGUUUAGUCUACUUUGCUGACUUCCUAAGAAUUUAGGGCAAGUUUUCAGAUUCAUUCCACUUCUUAGAAAGAUGUCUAUUUGCUUUUGAACAGGCUUGGACCUUCGAAUACUAGCCUGUAUCACCUGAUAAAAAUUAAGAAGAUUUCUUCAUCCCCUAGACUAGAAUGGACAUGGAGCAGGAUCAUCUCAAUAAAGUGUUUGCAGAAUGCAUCGUAAAGUACAUAGAUAUUUUAGGCAGGAAAGGUUGCAGUAAAACUUCACUUGAGUACUGUAAACUCCUUCUCAGUCUCGAUCCAUAUACAGAUCUCUAUGGAUCACUUCUAAGAUUAGAUUUUUAUGCAGUUAGAGCUCACGAGUAUCAGUAUCUUCUUGAUUUCAUAAGAAAAUUACCAAAGGAGAUCUAUCCUGAUGAAAAUUCAGCUUCAUUGCUAAUAAUGCCAAAUCUUUUACUUACAUCUGCUCUAGCUAAAUAUCAAAUUAAACUAGGCAAUGGGUCUGAUUAUAAGGUGGCUGAUUUAGAUAAAACUCUUAAUAUUCUACAAAAUAUUGAGGGAUCAAUGAAUCAAUUGCUUGACUUUGAGCCAGAAAUACUGGUUAUAUCAGCUAUUAUACUAUACCCUAAACUCAUUUAACUCCUUGUCAAGAAAGUAGCUCAAAAAUAAAUCAAUCAAAAUAACAAGAAAGCUCAUUUCAAUGGAUAUCAAGCAAAGACUUGGACAGAUAUUCUAGCCCAUACCCUAUUUACAGAGAUAGGAGAAGACAUUGCUGGUGAAUAGUCUUAUAAUUGGGUUCUAAAUUAAGUUGAAUAAGUUAAACUCAGUUAGGAGAAGCAAGAUGAGUUAACAGAUGAAGUUUUACAUAAAAUCUUCAGCAUCUUUGUCUCAAGAUCCCACACACUUUGGCUCAAAGAAGUCAUUGGCUUUGUUUUAAACAAAUUAGAUGAGGGUGCUAUUGAUAGAGAUUUAAUGAUUGGCAAAUUUACUUCAUUAGUUCAGUCUCCAUUCUCACUCUCAAGAUAUAGAUCACUUAAAUAAUCUGAUUUCACUGAUGAUAUUACAACUAUAAAUCCAAACGAACUGUUGAUGGGAGGUGGACCGCCAGGUAUGGAAGAUCCCCACAACAAUUAAGUUCAGGCAGAAGCUGGCAUCGCAGCUUAGCAACUAUAAUAAAUGAUAAAUCAACUUAACAGACCUCCACCUUUACAUGGGCAAAUGAUGUAGUAAUAAUAGUAAAUGAAUCCACUUUUCCAGGAGAGAGAUCUCUAAAAUAUGAGUGAAUAAGAGAUAGUUGCAAUGUAAGAAGCAAUACUAGCUUAAAUGGGUGAUAAUGAAGAUAUUUACAUUGACGAUGAAGAAAAUGCAGCAGCGAAUCAAAUUAUUAAUGCAAACAACGAUCAAUAAUAGAAUGUUUAGGGCGGAGGAAUUUUCAAUAUGUUCAACAAUCUUUUUGGGUUUGGAAACGGAAAUCAGAACUAGCCCAGAGAGGAGGAAAAGAAGUAAUGA